UUUAAAUGUCGGUGGAUGUGACUCUGGCCGCUGAGCCAUAGCUCACUUGUGAGCUGUGGCACUGCAAGAAAACGGCGAUAAGGUAGACUAUUCCGAAGGUGUUCUAACAAUGAGGUGACUUUUACCUUAAGGUUGUGAAAUUGUGUGAGUCAUGCCUUUUUUGGAAUUCAUAGCUGGCAGCAUUUCAGGUGCAGUCGGACUGGCAGUUGGACAUCCAUUAGACACCGUGAAGGUGCGCCUGCAGGCCCAGUCUGUGUAUAAAGGCAUAUUUCACUGUGUGGCUAAAACAUAUUCUCAUGAAGGGCUCCAUGGAUUCUUCAAGGGCAUGGCAUUUCCGGUGCUGACCACCGGCAUCACCAACUCUGUUGUCUUUGGUUCUUACAGUAAUGCCUUAGAUUACCUCACUCAGUCUCAGCAAAGGGACCGCAGUCAAGGCAAACCAGCCUCUGCUGCACAGGUCUUCACUGCUGGCUGCUUCUCAGGUCUGGUGCAGGUGUUUGUUUGUGCACCCAUAGACCUGGUGAAGGUGCGUCUGCAGGGUCAAACAACUGCUGACCGAUACCGUGGACCCAUUCACUGUGUUGCCAUCAUCUUGAAGGAGGAGGGCCUCAGGGGUUUGUUUAGAGGAGGACUGGCCCUCGCCCUGAGGGAUGUACCCUGCUAUGGACUCUACUUUUUGCCUUAUGAGGUCACUCGAAAGGCUCUGACUGAGAGCGGCAAACAGCCAGGUACCUUUGCAAUAUUGAUGGCAGGCGGCGUGGCGGGCGUAGUGACCUGGGCCUUUGCCACACCUAUGGACGUGGUGAAAGCCCGGCUCCAGAUGUCAGGGGCCGGCGGCCGGGAGUACAGUGGAGUCCUCCACUGCAUGAGAGUGAGUGUGAGAGAGGAGGGAGUGAGGGUCUUUUUCAAGGGCCUCCUGCUGAACAGCCUGAGGGCCUUCCCUGUCAACGCCGUCACCUUCCUCAGCUACGAGAGUCUGAUGAAGAUUUUAUGUCCACCAGCGAGAUGACCUCAGUCCUGGCAGCGAAUGGACGAAGCAAAUACAUUCUUUGUAUUGAAAAUUGAAAGAUCUUCCCACAGUGUGAUUUUAAUACACACCAUUUGACUGCAGGCUGGAUAUUCUCAGGGUUACUUAAAAUUAUCAGCUGAAACAGUCUCAGUUUAAACUUUUUUUUUUUACAAUGAGUACUGAGAUACUGUUUUUGAACUUUUUAAAGUCAAUGUAGAAUAGGUCAACUCUCAUCUGGCUAGUGUCAGAAACCUGAACACACUUUUGAAUUUAACUGUUUGAUGGAAAUGUUGAAGUUCCUGUGGAGUCCUCUGUGGAUAAACCUGUUUAGAUGGACAGUAUCAAGGUUAAGCAGCUUGUAUUUACUGGAAACCAAAUCCAUUUUACUUGACAAAAUGUGAAUGUAAACAUUAUAAUUUCUUAUAUAUAAGACAGUGCCACAUUCUUCAUGUUAUUCACUAUAGGUCUGUUUUUUUAUUUCGAAGCAUUUUAUUUGUAUCAGCUGGACAAAAUUAUUACACGAUUUCCUAAUAAAUAAUACAGAGAAUGU